UUUGCCCAUGGUGCAAAUGAUUGGAAACUCCUACAUCGACUCACCGUCCGGGAGGUCUCCAUGAUUCAAGUCAUGGACGCCUUGACGGACAAGCCGGAAUGGACUCGCAAGGUGUCUGACGACGCUAUUGUGGACAAAUGGCGUCAAGAAGCGAGACAAAUGCCACAUAUGAGCGACAAGGCCUUUGACUGGUGUGUUCUCGAGCUACGUGACAAAGCGAAACUCCACGACGAAAAGAAGUUUGUACAUACUCUCGACGGGGGUUCCAGAUGCGUCAAGUCGGAUAAACUUGUUGAUGAAUCCUUGCGCCAGCAGUUCGUCAGCCUGACACAGUCUCUCAUUGAUGCACCACAGAAGGAUUGGCACCCUAACUCCAAUGAUCAGGUCCUGAACAUGGUCCAUCCGUCGCUUUAUCCACUAGUGUAUGGUCGUACUGCCGUAAUGAAUACCGGUCAGGUUGAUCUAAUCAAAUCCCUUCAAUUCUCGGGCAGGGGCGAGGUCGCACCGAGGCAAGGAGGCCCGACCGAAGAGCUCGGUCGCAGGGCUCCUCUGUGGUCCAAGAAGUUCCAAUGGCUGCCAUGUGAAGUAAGAUUCACUGGAGAUGCUGGCGUUGAUGCGGAAAUCACAUCGUACAUCAACAAUCUCCAUCCGAACAAGAACAGGCCGUUAUACAAGGUCAUCGAGAAAUUAAUAUCGCUCUCGAUAGAGCCAUGGAACGAGGUUCUGAUGAAAGAGGAGCAGCGAGUGCCUCUGCGUAUCUUGACUUUUGGAUCGGAAUUCGACACCGAGAAACCAGACUGGAUCGACGCUCUUCCGUACCGCACGGAUGAUAUGAAGCCAGAGGAGUACCAGAGGCUUGUCGACCAGGUCAAAGCCUAUCUCGAAGAGCCCGACAAUCCUGCCUUGGAGGAAGAUAGUAACGACGAGCACGGGGAAUGGAUAAAGGAGUUCCCUGAUGGCGAGACAUGGAAAGACGAACUUGGCCUUGGGGGCGUUGCUGACUGGAAGUGGAAACGGGUACGAACAGUCAAGCACCCAGAGCCCUCAUAUACGUACGAAGAUUGGAAGAAGGGCAAGCACGCAGGCUUCAUGGGGAUUUCAGAUCACGAAUUCAGUGAAUUCAAGAUCCAAGACGAGUUUCGCAAGAAAGGUCUGCAAGUAAUUGUCAAGCUUGCCAGCAUCGAACUCACGCCCGAUAAGCCUAGCUAUGACGGAGGAAGCUGGCACAUUGAGGGCAUGCUCAACGAGCAUAUCGUCGCUACAUCGAUAUACUACUACGAUGUUGAGAACACCACCGAAUCCCGCAUCAGCUUCAGACAAGAAGCGCUGCUCGAGGGCGGCGAAAUGGACUACGAACAAGAUGAGCACGAGCCCUUGGCUGAGAUCUUCGGGACAGACAGUCUACGCGAUGAACCUGCCGUUCAAGAGCUCGGAAGCAUUGCCACGAAGCAGGGCCGCCUUCUCGCCUUCCCCAACACCCUGCAGCAUUGCGUGGAGCCGUUCUCGCUGGAGGACAAGACCCGCCCAGGCCACCGACGCUUCAUCGUCUUAUGGCUCGUCGAUCCAAACUACCGCGUCGUAUCGACUGCCAACGUACCGCCACAACAGUACGAAUGGGUUGCUGAGAAACAGCUAGAGCUCUCGCAAGUCAGCCAUCGGCUUCCACGCGAGCUGGCUGAUAUGGUCUUUGAGGGCGUAAUGGAGAAUCUGAUGAAGCUGGACGAGGCGAAACAACACCGGCUAGAACUGAUGAGUGAGCGGACAAGCCAAUCUGCCGCUAUUGAACAAGGGUUUGAAGAGUACAAUUUCUGCGAGCAUUGA